GUAUCACCUCAGGACCAGUCGUGAAAUCAGUCUGUUCGAACUGUAGCGAUUUCAAGAGCUCGCUCGCCACAUCGCAUGCUCAUUCAGCGUCUCUUCAAGCCUGUUAGCUUCUUACGUUCGACCUUUACCAAUUCGUUCAGCAAACCGAUCGUAUCCUUCCCCCGUCACCUCUCAAGCUCAUCCAGAACUCUGAACGACAUGUCGAACGAAGAAAAGUCUCUCACCCUACCCGUCCUAGACGAAGCCGAGCUCAAGGAUGGCGAAAUGAAGCAGGUCGAGUUCGGAGAAGGCGAGAACAAGGGCAAGGUAUUGUUGGUCAAGGUCGGAGGCAAGGUCUUUGCCAACUCGGGAAUCUGCACGCAUUACGGAGCACCUCUAGUAAAGGGAGUACUUGAUAGUACUGGACGAAUUACCUGUCCCUGGCACGGAGCCUGCUUCAACGCCUGUACCGGUGAUGUCGAGGAUGCUCCCGGACUCGACGGCUUGCACACCUACAGCACCGAAGUCAAGGACGGCAAGAUCUUCGUGACCGCAAACUUGAAAACUGUUACUAGCAAGAUGGGUCGAUCCCCCAUCGCUCGAGCCAAGGCCAAGAAGAACCGAUCCGCUGCAACUGAUCAGCCCAAGAGCUCGAUCUCGCCUCCCGAUCAUGAGACCAAGGAUGAAAAGGUUGUCAUCGUCGGAGGGGGUUCUGCCGGUUUGCACACGGUCGAAGCUCUCCGAGAGCACGGCUUUGACGGAUCCAUCACAUUGAUCUCCAAGGAGAAGUACGCACCGUUCGACAGGACCAAGUUGUCCAAAGCCCUCAUUACCGACGCUGGCAAGCUCGCUUGGAGGUCGGAAGAGGAACUCAAGGGAGACUUCAAGGUCAAUCUUCAGCUCGGAACCGAGGUCACCAAGAUCGACAGACAGAACAAGACCGUUGAGACUAGCAAGGGCGACAAGGUUCAGUAUGACAAACUCGUUUUGGCUCCUGGAAGCGUCACCAAGAAGUUGCCCAUCGACGGAGUCGAUCUCGAAAACAUUUUCACGUUGAGGGGUCUCGAAGACAGCCAGGCUAUUGUUGCCGCCAUCAAUGAGAACACUAGGGUUGCCAUCAUCGGGACAUCUUUCAUCGGUCUCGAGCUCGCUGGUUCCAUCAUGAAGAAAGGACCCAAGAGCGUCGAUGUGAUCGGAAUGGACAAGGUCCCUUUCGAGAAGAUCCUUGGAGCGGAUAUCGGAAAGGCAAUCCAAAAGAACUUGGAAGAGCAAGGUAUCAAGUUCCACAUGGAAGUCGGCGUUGACAAGAUCUUGCCCAACGAAGCCGAUUCGAAGAAGGUCGGCGCCGUCGCACUCAAGGAUGCCGACAAUAUUCCUGCAGAUCUGCUCAUCCUUGGAGUCGGUGUCGCCCCCGCCACCAAGUUCUUGGAAGCUAGUGGUUUCAAGUUGGAAAAGGAUCAGGGUAUUACGGUCGACCAAUAUCUCCGUGUCGAGGGAGAGGAAGACAUCUUCGCCAUCGGUGACAUUGCGCACUACAAGCAGUACCCCCAUAAGGAUGCCCGACGAGUCGAGCAUUGGAACGUUGCAGGAAACCACGGCCGCUCGGUCGCCGAGAGUAUCAUUUCGCCUAGCAGUCUCAAGGCUUAUAGCAAGGUUCCCAUCUUCUGGUCAUCCGCUGGCGGUGGUCUUCGUUACGUUAGCGACGCCAAUGGUUUCGACGAAGUUCACAUCGACGGUGACCUGUCCAAGGAGCUCAAGUUCGUGGCAUACUACGCACAGGGCGACGACAUCGUCGCUGUCGCAUCUAUCAAGAGCGACCCUUACGUCUCCAAAGCCGCCGAGUUGAUUAGGCUCAAGCAGAUGCCUACCUUCUCGGAGAUCAAGGCUGGCAAGAACAUCUUGGAGAUUGACAUUUCAGGAAAGAGUGGUAACUAAAGGCCUCUUCCUCACGAACAACACUUGUAUCCACACUCUGUACAAUGAGAUGAAUAAAGCUGAUUGCCACGGUAACCUGCGUAGGUUCGGGCCGACUUGAUCGGUCGAAGCGUCGGAAUCCUCUGUUGAGUUCGAUAUCGAAAUUCUUCGCUUCAAAACUCUAGCGGCCCACGAGUCUAGUUGCCAAGUUCGAUGUCACCUUAAGGUCACUGUCGGGUCAUAGCUGCUGCGUAUCUCGAUGAACAUGUCUACAUCUCUUUCUGCGGCACUGCGAGC